UCAUAAUAAUAAGAAGAAAGAGUUAGCUCUCCAUCGCGACACAUUGUUCCAAAAGAGCAAGAAACAAAAAAAAAAAAAUCAAAACGUUUCUUACGUUGUUUUAUAGAUUUCUUGUUAAUGUCUUCUGAACAGGUAACUGAUGGAUCGAAUCCUUCGACGUCACCGGAGGUAGAAGGGACGACAACUGAAACAACCCCUCUUCGCCGGAGAGGGCAGAGAGUAUUCGCUCCGAAGCUGUUGGAGGAUCUCCGUCGAUCACGGAGAAGCUCAUCAGAAUCCCCGGCGAGCCAUCUUAUAACUCAGAGAUGGAGAGCCACGUCGUCUCAAAAGGUCUAUUCCUUGAAACUCUACGACGCUCUUAUGCGAUCGCGGCGGAGCGCAACAGUCCGGGACACGGCCGACAAAGUGCUGGCCACGACGGCUCGUGGUGCAACCCGGUGGAGCCGAGCCAUAUUGGUGAGCCGAGUAGGGACGAGUCUGCGCCGGCGGCAAAGGAACACAAAACCGGCGUGGGAAUUGGCUGCGGCAGUCAGGGGAAGUGGCGGGAGGAGGAGGAAGUUGUCGGCAGUGGGAAAUAGGGUUAGGGUUUUGGGAGGGUUGGUGCCGGGUUGCCGGAGAACUGCGUUACCGGAGCUGUUGGAUGAGACAGUGAAUUACAUAGCGGCGUUGGAAAUGCAAGUCCGAGCCAUGACAGCUCUAUCAAAGAUUCUGUCCGAGUUUCAGCCGUCUGAUAAGAUCGGCUCAGCUUUAUAGCCGAGUCUUUAAGCCGUUGGGUGUGCCCUAUUUUAAUUCUUUUUUGCGAUUUUAAUUUAUCAUUGGAAUGUCUUAUUGUUUUAAAUGAUUUGUUUGUCCCUGAAAACAAAAACAAAAAAAAUGUCAAAAUCAUCCCGAGUUGAUCGACGAAAAUACUAUGUUUUCUUCUUCUUUUGUUGUUGUGUCGUUUGGCAAGUUUUUUGAGCUGUAAAUAUUUUCUUGAAAAUUUGGGAAUCCUUGAAAUAA